AUGGGCAACACCUGGCUCAAGUUCAAGGCGCGCACCAGCCUCUUUCUCGACGGCAACGAGUACAAGAUCCCCCGCAAAAUCCGCAAGCAGCAGCAUCAGAAGAUGUUCUCGCACCUGCGCACAAUCGAGCAUAUCGUCAAGCCCCUCGAGCCCGAGGCACGCGCCGUCCUCGUAGCCCGCGUCAAGACUUUCUGCCUCUGCCGCGAGAUGGCCCACAUCAUCGCCACGGGUGCCGACGGCGAGUUCCAAGUGCUCGCGCGUAUCAUCGCCCAGUACACCGCCGAGCAGGUGUGGGUGACCAAGUUUGACGACGUCGGGUCGUUGUCGUCGUUUGAUAUGUGGUAG